GAGAGAGAGAGACAGACAGUAAAGAGCGUGUCCCUUAUGCGUGACUCAUAAGGGCCGGCAGUUAAAAGCGGUCAAAUCCAUCUUCAGGCCCUAAGAUGUGCUGAUGGGUGGGAAGUAAACAGCUCGGAGGGUUUAUUAAGUGGGCCAGUUUCCAUAGCGACGCUUUGGCAGGAUAUUGCCAGGAUAAGCCGUAAUGGGUCUCCUGACGCAGUUCACUCUGCUCCUGUGGAAGAACUUCACUCUCCGGAAGAGACAAAAGGUGCGGCUGGUCGUUGAAGUGGUGUGGCCUCUGUUCCUCUUCAUCAUACUGGUGUGGGUGCGGUCCACCAAUACGCCCGUCUUUAAAGGCCAAUGCCACUUCCCGAAUAAAGCCAUGCCGUCGGCUGGCGUGCUUCCCUGGCUUCAAGGAAUGAUGUGUAACAUCGACAAUCCCUGUUUGAGCGACCCGACGCCGGGGGAGACGCCGGGACAAGUCAACAACUUCAACGACUCCAUAGUUUCAAGGAUGUUGAUAGAGCUGCAAAGCCUCCUAGGGAACGGAUCCAUUCUCAGCAGGGCUCGGUUUCUGGCAGAGGACCUCGACCAGUGGGAUUCAGUGCUGGCAAAGGCAAACCCUGGCAACGCUCAACCGGUGAUCCUGAGGAGUGUCCUCAGAGACAAUGAAACUUUCUCCACACAUCUAAAAGAAAAUUUGUCGAUGCCGCCAGCGGUGGUCCAAAGCCUCAUGAAUGCUGAGAUUAAACUCAAUCCAACGACGGGCCUCCCGAGACCAGGCGACCUGAGGAGCGUCCUGUGCGAGGGGACGGAUCUGGAUGAGUAUAUCCAAUUUAGCAGCCAAGCCCAAAAGGAGGCUUUUCAAAAUGUCAGCUGCUCCCGCGAUCCGCAGCAGCUGAUUAACGCCCAGCAAGUGUUCCAGCGGAACCUGGAUGGGAGGAAAGUGCUUUCUGCGGUACCUGCAGCUUUGGAUCUGAAUGUAACCGACACAGUCACACUGAUUGGGAAAACCACUCAAGAUGCAUUACCAGUGAUUGAGGAGAUGACCAGGUUGCAGAACUCCAUGAUCUUCGAAGCUGCCAGUUCUCUGGAUUUCCAAAAAGACAUGAUUGGCAGUAUCAAUAUGCUACUUUGUGGAAAGCCGCCUAACAUCAGCUUAAGCUCACCUACACCGAUGGAUAACAAGACGUCUGUCUCCAUUAGGAGCAACAGUUCCGAUGCUUUUUGUCAGACUCUUGUCGAAACCCUGGAGGGAACACCUGGUCUGCGCUACAUUUGGAGCACCUUCAAGCAGUUAUUGCAAGGGAAGGUCCUCUACACACCCGAUACACCUGCUGUUCGCCUUGUGGUGAAGGAGGCAAAUAGCACAUUCAAUGCCCUGGCUAUGCUAAAGGAGCUCGCUGAUUUGUGGGAGGAACUCGGGCCUCGUGUCUGGGAUACCCUGCAAAAUGGCCGGCAAGUCAACACAUUACGGACGUUGCUGGCAAAUCCACUGUUUGCUGCUGCGCUCAACCAGCGGCUCGUCGGCACGGGAUGGACGAGCGAGGCGCUGGCCAACUUCCUGUACAACGGGCCUCCAGCGGACCGGCCCCACGGCGCGGCGCCCUACGACUGGCGGGACACCUUCAACGCCACCUCCGGCGCCCUGAAGCUCCUCUCAAAGUUCCUCGGUUGUUUAAACCUGAAUAAGUUUGAGGCGGCCCCCACGGAAAGCCGCCUGGUGAGCAGAGCCCUGCAGCUCCUGGAGAACGGGACCUUCUGGGCUGCCAUCGUCUUUGAAAACCUCCAGCCGAACUCCAGCGGCCUCCCAGCGUACGUCAAGUACAAAAUCCGCAUGGACAUUGAUGACGUGGAGCCCACCAAUAAACUCAAAGACAGGUCUUGGUCUCCCGGGGCUCGGGGCAACUCCUUUAACGACCUGCGCUAUAUUUGGGGAGGCUUCGCCUACCUGCAGGACAUGAUGGACCACGGUAUAAUACAAGUGCAAACCUCAAAGACCCAGCCCCUUGGAGUUUUUGCACAGCAGAUGCCGUUCCCCUGCUACGUAGAUGACAGCUUCGUGCAGAGCAUCGGAGGCAUCCUCCCCAUGUUCCUGGUGCUGGCCUUCAUGUACACCGUGUGCAUGACCAUCAAAGGCCUCGUGCUGGAGAAGGAACUGCGGCUCAAGGAGGUGCUGCGCGUCGUUGGCAUUCAGAACGGCGCCCUGUGGUCUGCGACGUUCACAGAGAACAUUGUUCUGCUCACGGUUCCCUGUGCGCUCAUAAGUGUCAUGGUUAAGUAUGGCAAAGUGCUGCAGUACAGCGACCCCUCGGUGAUCUUUGUCUUCCUGCUGGUGUUCUGCCUGGCGACCAUCACUCAGUGCUUCUUCAUUAGCGUCUUCUUCUCUAAGGCCAAUUUAGCAGCGGCGUGCGGCGGCCUCAUCUACUUCGUCCUCUACCUGCCGCACGUCCUCUGCUACGCCUGGAGGGACGUCAUGGGUUUUCAGGCCAAGGUUGCAGUGAGUCUGCUGUCGUGUGUGGCCUUCGGCUACGGCUGUGAGAACUUUGCCAAGUACGAGGAGCAAGGCAUCGGCAUCCAGUGGUACAACAUCAACACCAGUCCGGAGGAGGGAGGGCGCUACACCUUCAUAGUGUCCAUCGUCAUGAUGCUCGUUGAUGCUGCAAUUUACUGCCUUCUCACCUGGUACAUCGAAAAUGUCUUUCCAGGCCAAUAUGGAAUCCCGAGGCCGUGGUACUUCCCCUUCACUGCAUCCUACUGGUGUGGGACAGCCUCCACGGCCGCCGCUGACCCCGCCGCGCUGCAGAACUCCACCGAACACGACGAGUACCUGGAGAAACCGUCUCCCAAUAUGAAAGCAGGGGUCUCAGUCCGCAAUCUCGUUAAAAUCUACAAGACUGGAAAAAAGCUUGCCGUGGACGGACUGAGCAUGGACUUCUACCAGAAUCAAAUCACAUCUUUCCUCGGCCACAAUGGAGCUGGAAAAACCACCACAAUGUCAAUUCUGACAGGACUGUUCCCACCCACGUCGGGGACAGCUCUCAUCAACGGAUAUGACAUCCUCACUGACAUGGACAGCAUCCGAAAGUACUUGGGAAUGUGCCCGCAGCACAAUGUCUUAUUCAAUGACCUCACGGUGGAGGAGCACAUCUACUUCUACGCCAGGUUGAAAGGACGCAGCCGAGCGGAGGUGAAAAUUGAGAUGGACCAGAUGAUUAAGGAUGUCGGCUUACCACACAAGCGGAAGGAGCUUGCUAAGAACUUGUCAGGUGGGAUGCAGAGGAAGCUGUCUGUGGCAAUAGCGUUUGUCGGCGGCUCAAAAGUCGUCAUCUUGGACGAGCCCACAGCAGGAGUGGACCCUUACGCCCGACGGGGUAUCUGGGAACUGCUGUUAAAAUACAAACAAGGUCGCACCAUCAUUUUGUCCACACACCACAUGGACGAGGCGGACAUCUUGGGCGAUCGCAUCGCCAUCAUCUCCCAGGGAAAGAUGCGCUGCUUCGGCUCCUCGCUGUUCCUGAAGAAACGUUUCGGCAGCGGCUACUACCUCACCCUGGUCCGGGAUGGGACUGAGAAGAUGGCGGCUCAGCGCGGCGGCAUCAUACACCACGAGGCCAAAGAGGAGAGAGACUUUUCUCCGAGGAGCAGCAGCCCGGAUGACGGCAUCGGCAGCCAGAGCUGGAACAACACGGAGCCCUCAGCUGACUUGGCGGCUCUAGACCAAAUCGUGCGGCGCCACGUCCCCGGGGCGGUCUUCUUGGAGAGCGUCGGCCAGGAGAUCACCUACAUACUGCCUUACGGCGGAGCCAGAGACGGGACCUUCGCCCUGCUGUUCCAAGGGCUCGACCUGGCCAUGGCGGACCUUGGCCUGACGAGCUACGGCAUCUCUGACACCACGCUGGAGGAGAUAUUCCUCAAAGUGGCUGAAGAUAGUGGAGUGGAUGCAGAAAUACCAACAACAAAGGAGCCGUUGGUGAGAGACUGCAAAAGAGGCUCCGGUACAUCCAAGCGGAACAGCAUCGCCAGCGUCCACAUGAAAACCGAGCAAGUCUCCGGACUGAGUGACUUAAAGGAGAAAUUCACAAGUAAAGUUGAAGACUUAACGAGCAACGCCGUGGUCAGCGGGAAGGGAUCCACGGUCAUCGCCGGGUGGAAGCUCAUCCGCAGGCAGUUCCUGGCGCUUUUCAUCAAGCGCUUCCACCACGCCCGAAGGAGCCGCAAGGGACUCGUCGCCCAGGUGGUCCUGCCCGCGGUUUUCGUGUGCCUGUCUCUGAUCUUCUCGCUCAUCGUCCCGCCCUUCUCCGAAUAUCCAAGUCUGGAGCUGCAACCGUGGAUGUAUAUGCCUCAGACCGACUUUUACAGCAAUGAUGGGCCAGACAUCGUUGAGGUGUCUAAGGUGGUGGAGACCUUGGUGAACAAGCCUGGCUUUGGGACUCGCUGCAUGAAUGGAAACCCAAUACCGAAGUUGCCAUGUUCUUUGAGUGGCUCUGAUUGGUUCACUCCCGCCGUUGAUCAGUCCGUCGCUGACGUCUUCAUCAACGGGAAUUGGAGCAUGUCUAACCCCUCCCCCCCGUGUCAGUGCAGCACCCCUGCACGGACCAUCAUGUUACCCGACUGUCCACGUGCUGCAGGAGGGCUCCCUCCACCUCAGAGGAUCCAGAACACAACAGAAACGUUGUUGGAUCUCACUGGACGGAACGUUACGGACUUCUUGGUGAAGACCUUUGAACGCUCGGGCAAAACAAGGUACGGGGGCAUCUCUGUCGGAGGCGUCAACUCCCAAGUCCGCCUGAGCGAGGCAGCAAUCAAAGCUUCAUUCAGGGAUUUAAAAGGCCUAUUCAAUUCCUCUCGGGAUAAUUUGACUGACCAGAUCUUCCAGAAGGCUGAGACGCUGCUGAAGAAGCUGGGAACCAAGGACAACUUAAAGGUGUGGUUCUACAACAAGGCCUGGCAUGGCAUGGUGUCCUUCCUCAAUGUGGCAAACAACGCCAUCCUGAGGGGAAAUCUGCCAGCGGGACAGGAUCCCCGUCAGUACGGCAUAUCCGUGUCCAAUCACCCCCUCAACCUCACCAAGGCGCAGCUCUCCUCUGCAGCCUUCGCCUCGUCCUCCACUGAUGUAGUGGUGUCCAUCUGCGUUAUCUUUGCCAUGUCCUUCAUCCCCGCCAGCUUUGUCCUCUUCCUCAUCCAAGAGAGGGUGAACAAAGCCAAACAUCUGCAAUUUGUCAGCGGAGUGAACCCGGCUGUCUACUGGUUGGCCAAUUUUGCCUGGGACAUGUGUAACUACGUCAUCCCAUGCCUCAUUGUGAUCUUCAUCUUCCUCUGCUUUCAACAAAAAGCCUACGUUUCACCUCCUAACCUGCCUGCUUUGAUUCUGCUGCUUUUCUUUUAUGGGUGGGCCAUCACGCCCAUGAUGUACCCGGCCUCCUUCAUCUUCAGCGUGCCCAGCACGGCCUACGUGGUGCUGACCUGCAUCAACCUCUUCAUCGGUAUAAACGGCAGCAUCGCCACCUUUGUUCUGGAGCUCAUUGAUGACGACAAUGUCUCCCGCAUCAAUGACAUUGUGAAAAACGUGCUGCUGAUAUUCCCCCAUUUCUGCCUGGGCAGAGGACUGAUCGACAUGGCUCAGAACCAGGCAAUGGCCACCCUCUUCAGCGGUUUUGGGGAAGAUCGUUUCAAGGACCCACUCAGCUGGAAUAUGGUGGGAAAGAACCUUUGUGCCAUGUCCAUCCAGGGAGUCGUCAUGUUUACCAUCACCAUCCUCAUCCAGUAUAAAUUUUUCUGCAAGCCCAGGCUUAUUUCAGGAAAGUCAUUAUCUUCAGAGGAGGAGGAGGAUAUCGAUGUUGCUCAGGAACGCAAGCGCUUGUAUGAAGGCAAGGCCCAGAAAGACCUUCUGAGGAUCUGUGACCUCACUAAGGUGUACUCUCGGAAGAGCACCCCCGCCGUGGACAGGCUAUGUGUGGGAGUACCUGCCGCAGAGUGUUUCGGCUUGCUGGGAAUCAACGGGGCCGGAAAAACCACCACGUUCAAGAUGCUCACAGGAGAUAUCCCAGUCUCCGGUGGAGAGGCCUUCCUAAAUGGAUACAGCAUACGAACAGAAAUGAGGGACGUGCACCAGAACAUGGGCUAUUGUCCCCAGUUUGAUGCUAUCGAUGACCUGCUGACUGGACGGGAGCAUCUUGAGUUUUACGCCAGGCUACGGGGGGUACCAGAAAAAGAGGUCGCCAUGGUGGCCGAGUGGGGGAUCCAGAAAUUGGGGCUGGUCAAAUAUUCCAGCAAAUCGGCAGGGACCUACAGCGGAGGGAACAAACGCAAGCUUUCCACAGCGAUAGCCCUGAUCGGUUGUCCUCAAGUCAUUUUCCUGGAUGAACCAACAACGGGGAUGGACCCCAAAGCGCGGCGCUUCCUGUGGGACUGCAUCCUGAGCAUCAUCAAAGAGGGCCGAUCAGUCAUUCUCACAUCGCACAGUAUGGAGGAGUGUGAAGCCCUUUGCACGCGCAUGGCCAUCAUGGUCAAUGGUCGCUUCAAGUGCCUCGGAAGCAUCCAGCAUCUAAAGAGCAGAUUCGGUGAUGGCUACACAGUGAUUGUGAGGGUUGGCGGCUCGCCGCCCGCAUUGAAGCCCGUGGAGGACUUUGUCCGGCAGUCCUUCCUGGGCAGCGUCCUGAAGGAGAAGCAUCACAACACGCUGCAGUAUCAUCUCCCGUACACCCAGGGGGCCUUGGCCCACAUCUUUAGCCAGUUCACCAGUCACCAGCAGAGGCUCGGGGUGGAGGACUACUCCGUGUCCCAGACCACGCUCGAUCAGGUCUUUGUGAACUUUGCGAAGCUCCAGCACGGGGAAGAUGACCCUCAGGCCCACGACAACGCAGUGGACACUUCAGAUGAGCUGCCGAUGGAGUCUUUGAAGACCUCGCGGGAAGCGCAGGAGGUUUAGCGACCAUUACGCGGAUCACAAUUACUGCAGGCCGGCAAUACACUUUAAACGCGCUUCGUUUCCCGUCGAUUCCAGCGGCGGAAUGACGUUUGCGCGCCAUCGAUCGAGCAUGUGAUGACCCGUACGUGUUUGUGCCCCAGCUUAAGCAUCCCUUAACACAACUCAUUUUAAUCCGGAGAUACAGUGAAUGUACGCUGCAAAAUUCUUUCUCUCUGGAAUUCUGUAUUUCCUCCAAAUAUUUAUUCUCCGGGAGAUCAUCUUUUCUCAGUGAAUGCCGGCUCUGCAAAGGCCACAGCGUGGACUUUAUAGAAUAUGGUUGUAGUCUCUGCAACCUCGCCCCCACAGGUCUCUGAAGUGGGGUUGUAAAACUCAAAGUGGGGGGGGGCUCGGGUCGUCUCCAUCUCGCCAGCGAUGACACAACCUGACCUAAAAAUGGAGAGAAAGAAGAGGUAACGCCGGUGUGAUUUAGUUGGAAGGAUAUUGCUGACCUUAGUGGAUACUUUGCACAAUAUGUACGACUCCCCUGGGGUUGAACUUUAAAUUGAAAUAUGUUUUAGAUUUUUGCUGUUUAUGAUGAUCAUAUUUUCAAAUGUAAAACUGUAUGAAAGAGAGGAGCUUGCACUGAUGUUUUUAAGCGGGUGUUUGGUCACUUGUGCUGAUAUUAUAUAUUUUUAAUCAAUAGAUAUCAACAAGGGACUAAUGUAAGACUAUUUGGGUUCAAACACAUUGAUCCACAGUUCGUUCCUACCUCAUAUUGUGAAUUAGUGAAAGGCACUUUAAUGAUUGACGAAUGCUGACAGCUCCGUCUGACGUUCUGGCUUCGACCAGUUGACGGAGCCUCCGAUCAGCCGUAGAUGUGUUUGAUCUGCGUUGAGGUUUACGGCAGCGGGGCGAUGAGUGAGCGUCAACCAGCUGUUCAGCAUGUUGGGUCUGCAGGGAGGACCACGGCAUCCGUGUGGGGGGGGGGGG